GAAAAAAUCCCAAUGCAUGUCAAUUAUUUGGUUUACGUGAAAGUUAUAGCGUUUACAACUGGUGGUAUAGAUACUGGUAUUUUGUUUUUUUUUUUACUAGUAAUGGCGGUGAUCAGCGACUUAUAGCAGGACUGCGGCGGGCAUUCUGACACUGGGGGGAACUGACUUGGUGUCACUGACAUCCCCACUGACACCAAUACAGUGAUCAGUGCUAAUAAAAAGCACUGACACUGUAAUAAUGGCACUGGGCAGGAAGGGGCUAACAUCUGGGG